AUGAGCAUAAAAAGAAUAUCAAUAAGAAACCUAUUAUCAUAUAAAGCUAUAGAUUUAGAGUUGGGAGGCAAUUUAAAUAUAUUUGUGGGUAAGAAUGGAAGUGGAAAGUCUAAUUUUGUGAAUGCAUUAUUAUUUGCACUUACAGAUAAGUUUGGAAGUUUUGAUAGGAAAAUGAUUGAAAAUGUAAGUAUUUAUAUACGAAAACAUAUUAAAGAAUCUAAUUUCUGAUGAAUAAUUGCCAAUAUAGGUUUCCAUCACUUUAGAUAAUGCAAAUUAGAGAUUGCCAUACAGUACAGAGGAAGUGACUAUAAUGAGACAAAUGACUACAAAGGAUGAAUUCUUUUUGAAUGGAAAAGCUGCAACAGUCUCUUAAUUUAGUAAUUUAUUGUAAUGUAUUAAUCUCUCCCGCUAAAAUUAUUACAAUAUUGUUAGAUAAGGUAAGAUAAGUAAGAUUUCUUAAAUGCGUGAUGUUGAAGUUUUUGAGCUUUUAGAGGAAGUGAGUGGUGUAGCAUUAUAUGAAGAAAAGAAACAAGAGACAAUGAAUAAUAUAAAAUAAGCAUAAUAAGAGAAAGAGGAAAUAGUUAAAAUUUUGAAUGAGUUGGGUGCAUAAAUUAAAUAGCUACAUGAUGAGAAGGAAGCAUUUAAUUAAUUGAAAGAUAUUUAAAAACAAAUUUAAUUGCAUGAAGUAUAGCUAUCGUUAAUUUCUGCUAAAAGUUUUUAACAUUAAUUAUUGGAUUUGAAUACAGAAUAAAGUAGAUUACAUAAUUAAUUACAAAGUCUUAUGUAAUAAUAAUAGGAUUAUAGUAAUGCUUAAUUUAAAGCAAAUAAAGAAAUUGAAUUGUUUGAUUAAUUUCUAAAUGAAAAUAAAUAGAAAAUAUAAGAAUUUGAAAAAGAGGAAUAGAAUAUGUAAAAAUAAUAUUCAGAUUUAUCAAAUUAAUUGAAUGAAGUUAGAGAAAGAUUAAAUACUUUAAAGGGUGCUAAUAAAUCAGUUAUUGAAGAAGAAUACAAAACAACUGAAUAAAAUCUUGAUAAGGAAAUGUUAAAAAUAUAAGAAUAACAAGUUAAAGUAGAUAAAUAGAUUCAAUAUUUUUAAAUACUUUAAACUGAUGAUCCAGUUAAAUGUUUUAAAGAUGAAAUUUAAUCUCUUACAAAAUAAUUAGAAGGAUAUCAAAAAGAAUAUAAGAAUGUUGAAUUUAAGAUAUCUUAAAUUAGUAAAGAUUUGAAUUAAUUAAAAUAAUAACAAUAAAAUCAAAUUAAUAUUGGAGAAGUAUAAAGUAAUAUUAAAAAAACAGAAGAUAAUCUAUUUUAAUUGAGAAAAAAACUUGAGUCUACUUAAUUAGAUAAUAUGGAAUUAUAGAAAACUAAAACACAUUAAUAAUAAAAAUUAUGUAAAUUGUAGAAUGAAUAAGAUAUUGAAUGUAAUCAAUUAGAUAAAUAAUUGAGAGAUAUCUUUACAGCAUCUAUUAUUAAAAUUAUGGAAUUUGCUGAAGAAAAAGGAUUAAUUGUUUAUGGAGUUUUUGCUUAAUUAAUGAAUGUCAAAUAAAAAAGAUUAUUGCCUCUUAUUGAAACUGCUAGUGGCCCUCGUUUAUUUAGUCUAAUAGUACCAGAUACAUAAACUGCUAAAUAAAUUAUUGAUUAUAAUAAAGAUUAAUAAGGAUCUGUCUUGAGAAUAUAUCCUCUUGAUUUAAUAGAUGAAAGAGUAACUUCAUUUGAUGCACCAAAAGAUACUAUUAAUUUAUAAGAACAAGUCACUUUAAAUGGAGAUUUUGAUAAAAAAAAGUCUUUGAUUGCUAAAGUAAUUGGAAAAUGGAUUGCUGUUAAGGAUUAUUAAACUGCUUUAGAUAUUUCAUCAAAAUAUGAGAUUAAUUGUAUUACUUAAGAUAAUGAAGUUGUUUAUGCAGAUAGUUUCUUAACUAAAGUUGGUGCAACUAGAGUUUAAUAGAGUAAGACUAUUUCAUUACAAAAGAUAUUAGCUAUGCAUUAAGAAAUAAAAUUAUUAACUAAAUAAGAUUAAGAGAUGGAAUAACAAAUGGAAGAUGAUUAAAAUAAAUAAUUAGAAAUUUAAAGAGAAAUACAAAACAGUAAAAAUAAUUUAAACAAUUUACUUUAAUAAUUAUAAUCUUAAGAUAAUUCAGCUAUAGAAAAAAAAUAAAGAGAAUUAGAUGCACUUGAAUAACUUGCAAAAUAAUUAGAUAUACCAAUAUAAGAUACAAAUAAUAGAAUCAAAGAUAUUUAAUAAAAAUUAAAAAAUCCUAAAUAGAUAAAAAAAGGAUUAACUGAUGAAGAUAUUAAUACAUUAUAAUAAUUAGUUAAAGAGAAAUAAUAAUUAUCUUAAUAAAUUACAACUUUAAUGAAUAAAAAAAAUGAUAUUAAAAUGAGAUAAUAAAAGAAAGUAGAUGUUAAUAAAAUUCAAUAAUUAGAAUAAUAAUAAAUUGAAUUAAAGUAAUAAACUGAUUAAUUAAAUAUUUAAUUAAAAGGAAAACAGAAAUUUCAUUAAGAAAUAAUUUAAGUUUAAAAUGAAAACAAAAAGAAUUUAGCUCAAGCCAUAAAAGAAAGAGAUAAUGCUAAAUUAGAAAAAAGUAAAAUAGAUUUAAAAAUUGAUUCUAUUAAAAAUCAAUAAACUGAAUUUGAAAUGCAAGCUCAAUAAUGUGUUAAUUAAUUAGAAACUAUUGAAAAAGAUAAAAGGUUGAUUGAUGCAUUUAGUGAAUUAGAUGAAUAAUAAUCUAAGAAUUAAAUUAUUAAGAAGAUUAAAGAACUUAAAACUAAAUUUAAUCAUAAAUUUACAUAAAAAGAUUAAAGUUUAUUUGAAAAAUUAAAUGAAAUUGAAACUAGAUUUUCAGAUUAUUAAUAGAAACUAUAAAAUCUUAAGUAAAUUUAAUAAGAUUUUGAUAAUCUUUGUGAAAUUAUGGAUAAGAAAGCAGAAAGUCUAUUAUAAGAUUAAUUAUAUAAAAGAUUUGCUGAAUAUUUUAGAUAUUAUUUUUUAUAAAUAGUAACCACUGGAGAAUGUUAAAUUAAAUUAAUUAAAGGUUUAAGAAAAAAUAAUAAAAAAAAUUGGGGAAUUGAUAUUAAAGUAUCAUUUAAGAACAAAGAAGUUUAGAAUUGGACAUCAUUCUCAAGUGGAGAAAAAACAAUUGUUGCCUUUGUCAUUCUAAUAUCCUUAUAAAAAUGUGAUCCAGCUCCAUUUUACAUUUUAGAUGAAUUCGAUGCAGCUCUUGAUGAUAAUUAUAGAAAUCAAGUUGCUUAAAUUAUCUUGAAUUUAUCAAAAGAAUCUCAAUACAUUAUUAUUACAUUUAGACCUGAACUCAUAAACUUAAAUAGUGAUUUAGUAACAUUUUACAAAGUAUCACAUCACAAUUAAUAAAGUUCUGUCAUUAAAACAACAUAAUAAGAAGCAAAGAAAAUUCUCAAAGCUUGA